AUGGUUUCGAUCAUGCAAGGAGAAAAGUAUGCCAAUUUACUGAAAAUAAUUCCACUAUCAAGUGACACUGUUCAUCGUCGUAUCAAUCUACUUGCUGAUGAUAUCAAAAUACAACUUAUAGAACGCGUGAAAGGGAGUCCCUAUUAUGCUAUUCAGCUGGAUGAAAGCACUGAUGUAGCUAAUGUAGCUCAACUUCUGAUAUUUAUCCGAUACCGAUAUGAAAACGACAUAUGCGAAGAUUUGUUAUUUUGUCAGGGAUUAGAAGGAAGAACAACCGGUGAAGCAAUUUUUAAUGCAGUGAAUACCUUUUUUGAACUCCAUGACAUAAAGUGGGAAUAUUGUGUAUCUGUGUGUACAGACGGCGCAGCUGCAUUGACCGGCUCCAAAACAGGAUUCAAAGCAAAAGUAACUGAGAUUGCACCUCACGUAGGCUUUGUUCACUGUAUGAUUCACCGUGAAGCCCUUGCAGCAAAACAUUUGCAACCAGAUGUAAAUAAAGUUUUGGAACAAGUCGUAACAAUAAUAAAUUUUAUUAAAGCUCGCGCAUUAAACAGGCACCUUUUCAAAAUAAUGUGUCGUGAAAUGGGAUCAGAAUACGAAGAUCUACUGUUACAUACGGUGGUUAUCGCGAGGAAAAACACUCCGACGUGUAUUUGA